GGCCACACGCGCCACUACAAGCAGAUGUGCUCCAAGAGAAAACAGUUGGGGUUUACCCUAGCUACCUAAUGGCUACCUCUGAAGAGUGGUGGGUUACAUAAUCAGACUGUUACCUAACACUCUGUUGAACCCCUUGUGUGAAACCGAUUGCUUGUCGUUGACGUAAGCGGUUAAUAUCACAUGGAGGCAAGAGAAAGUAGAUGACAUGGAAGAGACGAGGUGUGGAAAAUGGACAGAAUAGGUUGUUAAUAUGGUCGCUUGAAUAUGUUACAACAGAGCAAACCAAACCCGAUUGCUCUGCACAACACGGAUUUCGUCUUACGUAAACGGUUUAAAGCUGAUGUAUCGCCUCCUCAAUCGAAUUUUCAUGGAGAUUCUAAAUUUUCAACGGUGCAAAGCUCACCGGUGGGAGCAAGGCGUAAACGUCCUGGAGGAGAUGAGAAGAAAGAUUCUAAACUUAAAGACUUCAUAAAUUAUCCAACUUUUUCUGUCUCUGAACUCCGGCGUUUUGCCAUCAGUUCAGGAGGACUUUUGAAAAGUGCAAACAGAAAGCGAUGUUGGCCGAUGCUUCUAGACAUCGAUGUAGAUAACAUACCUCCAGCACCAAAACUUUCAGUAUUAAAAACUCAUCGAGACUAUGAGCAAGUUCUCCUGGAUGUUGAAAGAUCUCUUUCGAGGUUUCCUCCAGGAAUGCGAGAGGAUAAACGACUGGUUCUUCAGGAUAAACUUGUGGUCCUCAUUCUUCAUGUUCUGAUCAAUCAUCCAGAAUUGCAUUAUUAUCAGGGCUACCAUGAUAUUUGUGUUACAAUCCUGCUGACUGUUGGUGAAGACCUUGCAUAUGCCAUUGUAGAUAGACUUAGCAUCUCACAUUUAAGUGACUAUAUGGGUAGCACUAUGGAGAGGACCAAAGUUAUAAUGGAUUAUGUUUUCCCAAUAUUGGCCAAAGUUAAUCCCAAACUUGAAGCCUAUCUUCAGAAGGCUGAAGUUGGUACAAUGUUCUGUCUCAGCUGGAUUAUCACGUGGUAUGGUCAUGUGUUGAAAGAAUAUCGUCACAUAGUCAGGUUAUAUGACUUCUUCAUAGCUUCCCAUCCAUUGAUGCCUAUAUAUGUUGCUGCCGCUAUUGUUCUGUACAGAGAAAAGGAAAUUCUGUCAUGUCCUUGUGAAAUGGCAUCAGUUCACCAUACAUUAUCGCACUUGCCAAAGGAUCUUCCUUUUGAAGAGCUCAUCACCACAGCUUGUGAUAUACAUCUGUUAUACCCUCCUUCUGAAUUAAUAAAGGAUAAUUUUGUACCUCCUACCACACCUAAACCAGCAGAAAUAAAUGAACGGCGUUGGAAGCGGAGGAAACAUCUCAGCAGAAAGUUAAUUGUGAAGGUUAUUAUUGUUGCGUUUUUUGCUGUUCUGGCUGGUUACAUACUGUGGAGGCCUUAGUUUAUCGCAGUUCAUCACAUCUAAAUUUGCAGCUCUAUUCCACUCACCUGUCUACUUUCUCCAUCUUACUGUUAUGGGACAUUGAACCAACUGGAUUCAUGAGGGGCUUGCUUACUACCAUAACUCCAACAAUAUUUUCAACAUAUCUAGCUCACAGAAGGAAUUGAUAUCGGAACUUAUCAACUGUUCUUUGACAAAAAGACCAAAAAAAAAAAAACAGGCUGAGAAACCUGUGACAAGGUUGUGAACAAUAAUCUGGCACAUUGCUGCAAAGUUUUUAUUAUUAUUAUUAUUAUUAUUAAUUGGUGGAUGACAGGCUAAAUAUGUUGAGGUAUUUAGUUAUGUCCCACUAGCAUUCUGGGUUCAAAUCUCAUCAAGACUGACCUUAAUUUUCAUACAUACCAGUCAUGUGCUGUGUCAAUAUAACUGACUUCUCUUCCACACACUCACCCUGGCCUUAUAUCUGUCAAAUUAUUAUUAUUAUGGCAACAAGCUGGCAGAAACGUUAGCACCCUGGGGCCAAAUACUUAUCGGCAUUUCGUCUGUCUUUAUGUUCUGUGUUCAAAUUCCAUUGAGGUUGACUUUACCUUUCAUCCUUUCGGGGUCGAUAAAAUGAGUACCAGUUAAGUACUGGGGUCGAUGUAAUCAACUUAGCCCCUCCCCCAAAAUUGCUGGCCUUGUGCCAAAAUUUGAAACCAUUAUUAUUUAUAUAAAACAUAUUAUUUCGUUGUUUUAUCAAGUUUUUAAUUUUUUUUGCUUAUAUAUUGAUUUCUGACGGAGAGAAUCGUUUUUUUUUUUUUUUUGCCAAUUUUUGAAAAUCUUUUUUACUAGCUUUAUUUAUUUCUUUAUAUAUAUAUAUAUUUUUUUUGUAUCUGAAGAAUUGUUUGCUUUUGUUGUGACUAGGUACUGUGAUGGUGAUUCUCCUGAUGAACAAUGGUUUGUAGAUCAGAUCUACCAGGUCAACACUUUGUAAAACCCUUUUAAUUAAAAAAAACAAACAAACUCCAUUAAUCACCCAGUUUGCAGCUAGCCAGAGUAUAUACACACACAGCCAUCGUCUUCUACUAUCUUCCUUAUAUUCUGGUAGUCAACAUUGCCCUCUACAGGGUUCUCUGUCUUUCAGUGAAAUUCAAACUGUGAGUCAAAGAAUUGUAAAUUAUUAUUAUUAUUAUCAUUAUUAUUAUUAUUGUUAUUUAUUGUUUUGUUUGUUGAUUUUGUUAAACAACCCCCUUCCAUUUCCAAUAAGAGUUUCAGGUCUAUCUGAACUCUUUGCCUCCUUUUAUCUUACUUUUGUCCAUUUAAUUAUGUACAUCAUCAUCAUCAUUAUUGCCAUCAACUGCUGUAUCAUCGCCAUCAUCACCAUCAUCGUCAUCAUCAUCUAUGUAAUUUAAUAUGUGGAUGUGUUUCUGUAUAUAGCUGGGUGGGUCUGUUAGCAAUACUGAAUGUUUGUAUUAGUCACACCAAAUGUAAUCACAAUGAUGAUAACAUUCAGUGAAGAGUCUAGAAUUAUUUUUCUCCAGAUUUACAAAGAAUGUAGAAAUAUUCUUGACCAGGAAUACAAAGAAUAUAAAUAUUCUUGUCUAUUCAAUAAAAAAAGCAAAAGAAAAAUUUAAAGUAUUCUUA